AUGGCAGCCGUAGCUGUCAAUGGCGGCGCUGGCGCAAAGAAGCUCAGCAAGAACGCCUUCCGCAGACAGCAAAAGAAGGCUCAGAAGGAGCGCUCGGCAUCUGCCACCCCAUCCGUCGCCGAGUCUACCGACCUGUCCGAAGCAGAAACUCCCAAGCCAGAGACCGGUCGCCAACCUGACGCUCAGAUCAACACCCGCGAUGAUCCCAUGCAAAACAAUGACCUUCCCAACGACGACUUUACAAUCCCCGAAGACGACCCUCUAUAUGCCGAGUUCCAGAGCGUUCUAUCGAAGUUCAACAACGUCGACAAAUCGCAAACAAAGGAGGAUGAAAAGCCAGAAAUCUACUACGACGAUGACAACGACGAUAUUCCUGAUGAGGAGGAUGAGAACCAACCGAAGCUGUCAAAAAAGGCACGCAAGGCCGCUAGCAAACUGACCAUUGCUGAGCUCAAGCGUCUGGUGCGCAAGCCUGAGUUGGUCGAAUGGACAGAUAUCGACGCUUCAGACCCGCUGUUGCUUGUGCGCAUCAAGUCGCAGCGCAAUGUUGUCCCCGUGCCAUCACACUGGGCUCUGAAGCGCGAAUAUCUUUCAUCCAAGCGCGGUAUCGAGAAGACGCACUUCAACCUGCCCAAAUUUAUCGCCGAUACUGGUAUCGCCGAAAUGCGCGACGCCGUACUUGAGAAGCAGGCCGAGGCAACCUUGAAACAGAAGCAGCGCGAGAGAGUACAAGGAAAACUUGGAAAGCUCGACAUUGAUUACCAGAAGCUCUACGAAGCUUUCUUCCGCCACCAGACAAAACCCCCGCUCACCCGUUACGGUGAGGUUUAUUACGAGGGUAAGGAGUAUGAAACUAACCUUCGCCAUCUACGACCUGGCGAGUUGAGUGAUGAGCUGAGAGAAGCUCUCAACAUGCCACCUGGAGCUCCUCCGCCAUGGCUUAUCAACCAACAACGUUUCGGACCCCCUCCCUCAUAUCCUGGCCUCAAGAUUCCUGGUCUCAAUGCUCCUCCGCCACCAGGCGCAUCCUGGGGUUUCCACCCUGGUGGUUACGGCAAGCCUCCCGUUGACGAAUACACAAAUCGUCCCUUGUUUGGUGGCGACAUCUUUGGUGUCAGCAACGCAGAAGAUGAAGAGGCACCAUCUGGAGCACCGGUGGAAAAGACACUGUGGGGUGAGCUUCAAGAACGUGAAGAGGAAGAGGAAGAAGAGGAGGAUGAGGAAGAUGAGGACGAGGAAGAUGGUGACGAGGCCAUGGAUGAGGAGGAUAUUGGCGCAGGACUCGAGACACCAAGCGGGUUGGCCUCUGCUGUUCCAACAGAGAUCGGUAUCGAGAGCGUUGGAGGCGACUUCGAACUACGCAAGAAUGCAAGAGCUCCCGAGCCCGAAUACGAUGGCGCUCCACGAUCAGCGUACCAGGUUCUUCCGGAACAAAAUAUUCGUGCGCAAGGUUUCUUCGGAGGCGAGAGAGCAUACGAUUUGCGGGGCGCUCAGCAAAAUCUUCCUGUUCUUGGACAAGAAAACAGAGGCAGCAAACGCAAGGUUGGCGAUAUCGAUGUCAGCGUAGACGUGGAUGCGCUUGAAAGAGACGACCGCCUGAGCAAAGAAGAAAUUCAAAGACAAUUCGAGGCACAAAGACAGGCACAGGCUGAAGGUCAAUGGAAAGGAAGAGUAGACCAAGAAGAUCUGAGUCAGAUGAUUGCCGAGGAAAGCAACAAGAGGUUGAAACAGGACAAGGAGAGGAACGAACGCAGAAGAGGAGGCGGCGACAGUAGGAGCAGCAGGAGAUAA